UAAUUAUUAUUAUUAACAAAAACAAAUACUUUCUCAGGAUCCACCCACCGCAGGAUCCACCGCGUUGCUCCUACAAAUCCUUCCAUCUUCUUCCUUCCCCCCACCGCAGGAUCCACCGCGUUGCUCCUACAAAUCCUUCCAUCUUCUUCCUUCCCCCCACCGCAGGAUCCACCGCGUUGCUCCUUCCUCCAGUCCAUAACCAUUGUAGCAAAUCAAACGAGCAAAUACUUCUGGUUUGGAUCGAUCGAGAAGCAGAGCAAAGUGAAGACAACGGAAGGUUCUUUGAGGCUUUGAGUCAUGGAGGGUAGACCAAACAGUCAAAAUCCAUUGUUCGUGAACUUAGCUUCAGGGGAAGUGGUAGCUUCGAAAACUGGUUAGUUUCUGAAGGUGUUUUGCCACCUCUUAUAAGACUAGUCGAAUCAGGUAGUACUUUUGGUAAAGAAAAGGCUAUUGUUUCUCUUCAGAGGCUGACGAUGUCGGAGGAAACAACUCGUGCUAUUGUUGGACAUGGAGGGGUUCCUCCGUUAAUCGAGCUUUGUCAGGUUGGUGAUUCUGUUUCACAAUCUGCAGCAGCUUGUACUUUGAAGAAUAUCUCGGCUGUUCCGGAAGUGAGAAAUGUUUUGGCUGAAGAAGGUGUUGUUAAGGUUAUGAUCAAUCUACUCUGCAAUGGAAUUUUGUUAGGUACUAAAGAGUAUGCUGCUGAAUGUUUGCAGAAUCUCACUGCAAGCAAUGAGAGUCUAAGAAAAUCGGUUAUAUCAGAAGGCGGUGUUCAGAGUCUUUUAGCUUAUCUUGAUGGUCCACUUCCUCAAGAAUCUGCAGUUGGUGCAUUGAGGAAUCUCGUCGGUUCGGUUCCCGAGGAAACAUUGGUUUCUGUCAGAAUACUUCCUUGCUUAGUUCAUGUGUUGAAGUCAGGAUCGUUAGGUGCGAAACAAGGCGCAGUGUCGGUUAUAUGCAAAAUUUGCAGCACAAUUGAGAUGAAGAAAAUGUUAGGUGAAGUUGGUUGCAUACCUCUAUUGAUCAACAUGCUUGAGGCUAAAGCAAAUACUGCUAAAGAACUUGCAGCACAAGCAAUUGCAAGCUUGAUGAUUUUGUCUGAGAAUCGAAGAGAAGUUAAGAAAGACGAUAAAAGUGUGCCGAAUUUGGUUCAAUUGCUUGAUCCAAGUCAACAAAAUACUGCAAAGAAAUAUGCAGUUUGUUGUCUUGCAUCACUUUCUUCAUCUAAGAAAUCCAAGAAGUUGAUGAUUUCAUAUGGAGCAAUAGGGUAUUUGAAAAAGCUUAUUGAGAUGGAGAUUCCAGGUGCUAAAAAGUUGCUUGAGAGAUUGGAAAGAGGGAAACUCAGAAGUUUGUUUAGCAGAAAAUAGAUUAUGAUGCCUUUUCUUUUUAUUGUAUUGUUAUUAUGAUGCUUUUUCUUUUAUCACUUUUGUUCUUAUCAAUGUUAUUGUUUCAUUGUCUGAAUGAAACAAGUAGUUUAGAAUGUAAAACUGUGGAAUUCAAAAUAUUUGGCAAUUUGUGUAAUCAAUGUUUAGAUUAUAUAUUUAAUCCAUCUUGUUACCUGUGUAA